AUGGCUUCUCAGCAGAAUUCAUGGCAUCAAUAUGAUUGCCAUACUGUGGAACACCGUUCACGAAACUCGCAUCAAUCGACCAGCUUAUUACAAAGGAACCACGCCAGUGAGAAACAAAAAGACAAAAACAAGGAAGUUAGGAAUUCUAUGUAUGCGGAGAGCUUCGGAAACAAAGUUGAGAAAUAA